AUGUCUUUCAACCUCCACCCCCUCAUCAACAACGGCCUCAAGAAAGGCACCGAUGACUUCUCAGGCGGCUCCCUCCACUGCCACUGCAAAUCCUCUCCGGUUACUAUAUCUCUUUCCUCGAAUGUUGCCCACAACCACGCUUGCGGCUGCUCCAAAUGCUGGAAACCCUCUGGUGCAAUCUUCAGCAUCGUAGGCGUGGUGCCCCGCUCUUCCCUCUCUGUUUCCUCCGGCGCCAACAAACUCUACAUCGUGGAUGAAAAAGCAGUUAUCCAACGACACGCAUGCAAAGAGUGUGGUGUACAUAUGUUCGGAAGGAUUGAAACUGAGCAUGCCUUCCAUGGACUGGACUUUGUGCAUGUCGAGUUGAGUGAUGAGAAGGGUUGGCAAGAGCCUCAGUUUGCGGCGUUUGUGAGUAGUGUUAUUGAGCAAGGUUUGAUUGCUCCUGAGCAGGCAGACAAGGUUAGAGCACAGUUAAAGGGGCUUGGGUUGGAGACUUAUGAUGCGCUGAGUCCUGGUUUGAUGGAUGCCAUUGCUACCUUUGUGGCCAAGAAGAAUGGUGCGUUGAGAGAGUCUAAGCUGUAG